UCGUUGUUUCGAGUGAGCAGGGAGGUUACUAUUGCUGGUUGUGGCAUGAAGCAUCGGCAGCUGAAUUUCAGUCGUCUAUUUUCUGCAUCAUCCAACAUAUGUGAAGGGUUCCAGCCUGCUCGCAAAUGGUAGCGAAGGUAGGCGCAGAUGAUGCUACAUUUUAAAAGGUCCAGCAUCCUUUCAAAGAAGAAGGAGCCCAGCUAUAGCUUUUGUCUCCACAAACACUACUGCAAGGCAGCCAAGAGCAGGAACAAGAUCCAUUGUGACUGUGGUGAAAAUAGCAAUGAGCCGCUGGCAUGGCAGUGGGACCAGGUGCGGGCGCCAGCUUCGGCUCGCUUCCUGCCGACGCACGUGGCCUGCCACGAGACGCUCUCCACGGGUACGGCUGUGCUGCUGGGCGACACCAUUCUCGAGCCCGGCGGACACCACUUCUUCGAGGUCAAGCUGCUGACCGACCUGUACGGCACGGACACGAUGGUGGGUCUGGUGACGGACCAGUUUGAUCCGGACUCGGCCAACCAGCGAUUCGUGAGCCUCCUGGGCGCCGAUUCCCACUCGUGGGGCCUCUCCUUCCAUGGUACGAUCCGCCAUGCUGGCCGCUCGCAGCCCUACACCAGCCUCUUCGGCAAGGGCUCCAUCAUCGGCGUCUACGCCAACCUUCGCGCCGGCACCGUCGAGUUCUUCCUCAACCGACGCUCGCUGGGGGUGGCGUUCUCGGGCCUGAGCCGACCGGGCGACGGCGGCGGCCUGCUGCCGGCGUUCUGCACCACGGCGGCCAACACGUGCGUGCGCCUGGUGACGGCGCUGUCCGUGGCCGACUCGCUGCAGUUCCAGGCGACGGCCGUCAUCAGUCGCAGCCUGCCGCACUGGUCGCUGGCGCUGCCAGCGCCGAUCUGCCGUCUGAUCCGACGCUUCCCGUGGCUGGACUACGUGGGUGUGCCGCGCGACAGCUGCUCGCAGCCGGCGGCGCCCGAGCCUGAUGGCGUCUGCUGA